CUGCGAGUGGAAGCACAAAAAUUAGACCUAAAAUGUUGAAGGAAUUGCUGAUAGUUCUGGCUGUAACCACAGUGCUGGCCGUGGCCGUGGCCGAGGACGACUUUGAUCCUUUUAUAGACAUUCCCUUCAAGAGACUAAAAACUUCGGCCGAACGCAUCGAGUCGGAUGGCUAUCCGGCUGAAUCGCAUUAUGUGGAGACCUCCGAUGGUUAUGUGCUGAAUCUGUUCCGGAUUCCACACUCGCCAAAGCUGAACAAUGGCCAGCUGCAGCGGCCGGUGGUGCUCAUCAUGCACGGGCUGUUCAGCUGCUCGGAUUGCUUCCUGCUCAAUGGGCCGAACGAUGCGCUGCCCUACAACUAUGCGGAUGCCGGCUACGAUGUCUGGCUGGGCAAUGCCCGUGGCAAUAUCUACUCGAGGAACAACACACGCCUAAAUGUAAAGCAUCCGUACUUUUGGAAAUUCAGCUGGCACGAGAUUGGCUCCAUCGAUCUACCGGCCAUGAUUGAUUACAUUCUGGAGCAGACUCACGAGCAGGCGCUCCACUAUGUCGGACACUCUCAGGGCUGCACGGCGUUCGUUGUCAUGGGUUCCUUUAGGCCGGAAUACAAUGCGAAAAUCAAGACUGCCCAUUUGCUGGCACCACCCGUGUUUAUGGGCAAUACCACCGAGGGACUGAUAGUGGCCACAGCUCCGGUGUUUGGUGAACCCGGCUUGGGCACGGCUCUGCUGGAGAAUCAGGUGCUGCUGCCGUAUAAUCAAUUUAUUCAGCGUUUGCUCGACACAACCUGCAGCAAUCAGCCCCUGAUGCUGAGCUACUGCAAGACAUUGGCCAUGCUGUGGGGUGGGCCAGAAAUUGGUAAUCUCAAUCAGACUUUGCUCCCCCAAAUCGCUGAGACACAUCCCGCGGGCGUUUCCUCCAACCAAGCCAUACACUUCAUCCAAUCCUAUGUCUCCAACGAUUUCCGCUUGUACGACUGGGGCAAACGCAAGAAUUUGGCGUACUAUGGCGUCGAGCAGCCACCAGCCUAUGAUCUCAGUCAGAUUACCUCCGAGCUCUACCUCUACUAUGGCCUAUCCGAUGGCUCUGCCAAUAAGAAAGAUAUUUCGCGCCUGCCUGAACUGCUGCCCAAUCUGGCGCUGCUGCACGAGGUGCCCGAUCCCACUUGGGGACACUUGGACUUUGUUUUUGCCCAACAGGUAAAGAGUGUCAUCAAUGAUUUGGUCGUGGACUACAGCAUGGACUACGAUGUGGAGCAAGCAAGAAGGAAAUAAAUUGGGGAACAA